CGCAUUGACGGUUGUUGUUGUUGAGCUGGUUGUUAUGGCUGGACAAGGCCUCGGACUAUACUGAGAGAGGACUCCCCUCCCUCCCGUACUACCCCGUCUCCGCAACGGGACACCCGCCAUCCAUGGAGGGCACGGACAUGGACGUGGACGCGGAGCUCAUGCAGAAGUUCAGCUGCAUGGGUACCACGGACAAGGACGUCCUCAUUUCUGAGUUUCAGAGGCUACUGGGCUUUCAGCUCAACCCAGCCGGCUGCGCCUUCUUCCUGGACAUGACGAACUGGAACCUUCAGGCUGCUAUAGGUGCAUAUUAUGACUUUGAAAGUCCCAAUGUCAACACACCAUCCAUGUCCUUCGUUGAAGAUGUGACAAUUGGGGAAGGAGAGUCUGUUCCUCCAGAUACACCGUUCACAAAGACCUGGAGGAUACAAAACACAGGUGCAGAGUCAUGGCCACCUGGGGUUUGUCUUAAGUACAUUGGUGGGGAUCAGUUUGGGCAUGUAAACACAGUUAUGGUGAAGUCUCUAGACCCCCAGGAAAUAUCAGAUGUGAGUGUGCAGAUGCGAAGUCCCACAACUCCUGGCAUGUACCAGGGUCAGUGGAGGAUGUGUACAGCCACUGGGUUAUUCUAUGGAGAUGUAAUCUGGGUGAUUCUUAGUGUAGAAGUUGGAGGUCUCCUCGGUGUGACCCAACAGCUGUCCUCCUUCGAGACAGAAUUUAACACUCAACCCCAACGCAACGUACAGGGAGACUUCAACCCGUUCGCCUCGCCACAGAAGAACAAGCACGACGCCACUGACAACAGCUUCAGAGAUCCUGGUGGGGCUUGGGAACACACACAAGAGCCAAUCCAGCAAGAUCAAAAUGGACUGUCUCAUAAUGCUGUUAAUAGGGCGUCAAAUGGUCUCCAAACCAAUCUUUCUGUGGUGACUUACGGUCAGGGUAUUCACGGACCCUAUCCAUUUGGACAGAGCUAGAAUGACAAAGAUCCCCCCCUCCCCAUGUUGGAUGAUGAGCUGAACACCCUGGGAGUCAAUAACGUAGAGGGGUUUGAGGGGGGGACAGUUGUUUUCUAUUGACUCAUGACAACCCUCUCCCCGACCCAUGGUCCUUUCCACAGAACCACAAAUUACAGUGAGGUGAUGGAUUACAUCUGCUACAGUGAUACAUCCCACCUGACAUCAACACCCGGAUAACGCAUGUGUGAAUGCUUCAUUUAAGAGAGCUAUAAACCCUUAAAAUUAGAUACACACAACUAUUUUUAUUUACACUGUAAAACACAGCUAAGUAAAGGGAAAAUCAACCCUAAACGAUCUACAUACAAUUUGGUAUUCCCAUGGGCAGUUGAAUACUUUGCUUCUACAUGGUUCCUACACAGAUCUGAAAAUGUUUGGAAAAUUGUUGGUGCACAGUACAAAAGUUAAUAGUGAACAUAGAUAACUUUGAGGCCUUGAAAGUUGUUUGAAAAACACAGAAAAAUUGUGGGAUGUAUGUUUUAUAUGGGAAAAAAAAGUGUUCUGCCUCUGUUCGCUGCACCAAGCGUUUUUUAUUAGAAGUGUGUGGAGUAUUUUCAGACUCCUCUAGGUGACGGCCUUACACCAGUUUCACAUACAAAUCUGGUGAAUAAUGUGGGAUGUUAAACAGCUAGUAUGACAAGUAUGACCUGUUGUACCAGCCACUUGGCCACAGGUAAAUACCAGAGUUUACAAAAGACCUCUUCAGAAUUGCUCUAGAUUUUGGAUAAAUCAAUUAGCUUUUGCUGCAUUCCCAUACAGUAUAAGCAUCUGGCAAGGGUUCAUCAUUGGACCACUAAAAAUGUAGGAUUUGGCUGUGUGAAGUUUAAAAAUCUGGCAUUAUAUCUAUUAGAUUUGGGUUUAGUCACCUUAAAUGACUGGCUGACAUGAGGCAUCCAUAUUUGUUUGGUUUUCAGACCCUUCUGUGUUAAGUGCCAAUUUGGAAGAAUUAGAGCUGUCAGAAAAGAUGUGAUUAUGACUCAGAUGUUGAACUGAGAGCUGUGUACAAGUAUGAUACUGGUAAUUAUGAUGACCCUGAUCUGAUCGGCAUUAACAGGUCUGUUGUGUUGUGGUGUCUGGAGGAGUUGUUGCUGGAAUUUUUCUUUUAGAAUUUCUGGUCCUCCAAUCUGAUGUAGAUUUACAGGCUUUAGUUUCUGUAUUCAGUCUCACAAAGGUUCAAACAACUUGUGAUCCAGUCCAAAAAAGAUGACAAAUUCAUUUUCCAGAGAGAAAAAAAACUGAGCUGAGUGUCAAUAUUUUUACUGUUAAACCUCAGAAUGACACUUUAACUAGUCCCAGUGUUUCCUGUGAUACUUCCACAACCAUCUCUGUGUGUUUAUUAAAGUAAAAAAAUAGAUCCAUGCCAAUCAUAUCUUAAAGAAGUCUUAGUGUCCAGCCACUAAGAUACAUAGCAUUAUAGAAAUUUAAAGACGAGGGCAAAUUCCUUAAACCUUUGCAAAGAAAAUCUGGACGAUCCCUGUGUAGGAACCACAUCUCUCCCAAAGAUAAAGUCCAGAGAACCAAGACACUAAUCUGUGCUGUCAUAAAACGUCACAGUCUGCUGGUGCUCGAUUCAGACUGCAUGGGGACAGUGUGUGUGUGUGUGUGUGUGUGUGUGUGUUUUCGUUAGGGUGGGUUUUCGCUUUAAAUAGAUGCUGAAGCGCAAAAGGAUGCAAGUGAGUUUGAGCCAGUGAGGUGUGAGGAAGGGUUGAAAAAAGCCAUCUAAAUCUAUUUUGCCUGGUGAGUGACUGUAGUUUCUGAGUCUAUGUCUGCAGUGUGUGUAUUAUAUAUGUAUGUAUGUGUGUGUGUGUGUGUGUGUGUGUGUGUGUGUGUGUGUGUUUGUGUGUGCGUGCGUGCGUGCCUGUGUAUGUGUGUUUCUCUUUGGAUUUAACUGACAUAGCAAUGGUGUAUACUACUUGGGCAAAGGAUGACGUGUCAGUUUACACACUCAUCGUUAUUGAGAGAGCUUUACUGGGUGUGUACCUGAAGUAUUGUUGAGCGAUUCUGCACCGUUUGGAUGAACUGACUCACUAAUUGCUCUGAUGUUAUUUAUUUGCUGUCAUAUUGUGCAUUGCAGAUGCAAGAAGUCCCGUGCACAGCCAGCAGGUGGUGCUAAAAAAAAAAAAUCAAAUGACCAACUUAAACUUGACUUGACAUACUGAGUACAUUGUGCAGAAAAGGUGAUGAGUUGUAGUUUGAUUAUAGUAAGGAAAUUUGAAAAUGAAAAUUUGUGGUUUGCAUCAGCUUUAUUAGCACUGAUGUUCUGUUACUGCUAUUUGCACAGCGCUGUCCACCACUGCUAAUGAGGAAAAGUAGUGAUUUUUGGCUUAUAGUGUGGAUUCCCUUUCCAGAACGCUUCACUGAUUUGCUUUGCUGGUCUUCUUUACCCACAAUGCUCGUGCUCUUCACAGCUUUGUUUUCAAAGUAUUGAACAUAAAGUUUUCAUGGUUAAACAUCUCUUUCAUCACCGCACCGGUGUCUGAUCUUAAAAACUAAGAUUGAUUGACUCGUGUUUAUUUAGGUUCUCCAUAUAUGCGAAAGUUUGUCUGCUGUCACACCUGAAUUUUUACUUCAGCUUUGCUAUGUUCAUUAUGUCAGACAAUGGAAUUGAUCAUGUAUUUUGGCUUAAAAAUAAAAUGGGAAAAGUUGUUGAUAGAACUCCAUGAUAGUGUUACAAUUUAUUCUAAGGGUGUGUUUCCUUCAAUUAGAAUUAUUUUAUAUUUAUAUAUUUUAAUUUAUCAAACUCUCUCCUAGUAGAAAUUAUGAACAUCUAAAUGUUAUUCUUAAUAUUUAGAGUUCAUUGCCUCUAUGAUCAUGUGUACCUGUGUAUUUUUAUAUUCUUCACCAGCAUUCUGUGUUGCAUCUCUGUAUUUGUACUGAGUCAGCUGAGAGUCCUAAUCCCAAACAGUAUACACUGUUCUGCAUUGCUUCUUUUAGUCACGUCAGUCUUUUGUGUGUGUGUGUGUGUGAGAGAGUGAGAGAGCUUCCUUCUCGUGAGCUUGCGUGCGUGUGUGUCCGUGUGUGUGUGCAUCUGUGAGAGAGAGGAAGAGCGACAGAUGGUGAGGAAAUCUAAAUAUUGCUGGAUUCAUUCUCUAGUUUUAGUUUGUGACUAUGUGUGGACUUGAGAUGGAUGGUAUGUUGAGUGGAUGAGAUGACAGUUUACAUAGUCCUAAAAUAGCACAUUUAUCUGAAGAGAAUUUUCCCUGUAUCUAUAAUUAAGCAUUUGUAUGAUUAAAUUAACACUGAAACAAU